CUUCUCUCCUUUAUUGCUUGGGUGAUCGAUUCUUACUAUCUCAAUUGCUACUGUUUGUUUUUGCUGCCACGUCACUGCCACGAUAAUACUUUUUUUUGUUCUUUUGACUUAUACUCAUUGUCUACUCCACGGUCGGGCGCUGUGAGAUCUCGCGCGCGUUUUUCUCCCCUUUCAACCGGUCGCUUAUCCAUUAUCACUCGUCUUAUCCACGACUACGAUAAACGAUCAUCUUGUUACUUGGUUAUCUUUUUCAAUACUGAAGUCAAUAAAUUGCAUACACUUGGAUUUGAAGAGAGAGAAUCGAGUGCUGGUUCGAUUUCGCGAGGUGCACGUUUGGAACGCACAGAAACGCGCAUAUAUACAUAUACGCCGCCAUGACAACCACACCUCCGCCGCCAUCCACGCUUCGAGUUCCUCCUAGUCCGCGGUUUGGAGCUGGAUAUGAUCAAUAUUCACCAUAUGCCACACGGCAUUCGACCAGAUUAGCCAGUCAGCGUGCCUCUCGAGACUCUACUCCGCCGCCCCGGUUUCCGGCUUUGCAGGUUGAUGGGACAAAGAGCGCAAAGGAAGAGCGGGACAAUCACGAUGCUUUGGAGGCAUUAUCACCUCCUGGGUCCAUUCACGGCCCUACCCGCAAAAAGUCUUCGGCUGGGAGUCGGGCCUUCGGUCUAACGCAUUCACUAGAGGACGAGGAUGACAACACUUCGACACUCGCAGACCCUUUCGCUUCACAACAGCUUCAAGCCACAAGAACCAACGGGAUGCUGCCUACGCCUGCUAAAACACCCAAAAAGAAGGCUGUUGCUGAUAUGGGGCCCACUGCAAGAACUCUCUUUCCGCCUAGUUCGCGUCCCAAGAAGAGCAGGAAGCACACUGGCUUCACCCUCGAUAGCUUCAAUGACGACACCGCUCAAAAUCAAACUCAGAUUCAAAUCUACACCGAUUCUCGUGAUCGAAUCCCAGAGGUUGCCCAGAGCGAGGAGAGCCUGUUCUACAAACCACCUAAGGAAACCAAAACGGCUCAGACUCCUAGCAAUCCCCCUCCUGCACCCUCGAAAAAACCCAAGGUAGUCGAGGCCAAGCAGGUGAAGGAACUCAAACGCGACAAGGAAAUUAAUGACGCCGUCAAACGUGAGGAUGGCAUGUUCUACGUGUUUCGAGGAAAGAAAAUGUUCCGCAAAUUCGCUGACCCAGUCGAAAGUGAUGUGGAAGACGAUGAUGAUGAUCUGGGUCUGCUUGCAUCUCGACCAGACCUUCUCGAUUCCACGUUGACCACCAGGGUCCGACCGUUGACUCGCUCUUCGAUCAAGCCCCGCGUUCUCUUCCCGAGCGCGAAGGACAAUACUCCCCAGCCAGAUCCUACAAAUGAGGUUGAUGAAGAGGCAGCUACCGAUAUUGAGGACCAUGCUAAAGACACCGAUGACGCCGCGACUGAUGUCGAGACGCAGCAACGGUCAGCCACUCCCCAGCCCAAGUCAAAUGAAGAAACACCAUCUCCUGGUCGCUCUCUACGCCCUCGUGCCAAACGUGAAGAUGCCACCCACGAUACCACGCCUGCGUUCUCUGAACCCAAAAGAAAGCGCGUCAGCCCGUUUGACGGUUGGUUACGAAAGAAACCUACUCCUGCCGCUGCAGCUCCCAAGAGCAAGAAACGAGACCAUGAAGCCGUUGGCAGCCCUGGUGGCCCUUCGACCAAGAAGACAAGAGCCAGCAGAGCAGCUGUUUCGUCCUCUUAAGUUGAUCAACAUGUGUGAUCCAACUGUUGAACGCAAGCCUAACUAUUUCUUCCAUUCUUUUUAUUUCAAUUCUUAACCACAUUGGUCAUGACAAUUUCGAAUUCGUUUUUUUUUUUUUUUUUUU